UACGCCCCGCCCCUUUAGUCGUUUUGUGCUGCUGGUGAUGUUUCUGUCACGAUAAUAUUUAUAUGAUCAUAACCUUACAGUUUAUGACCGUAACCCUCUCUCGCGGACGCGCGGUCCCGUGCGGCGCGAGUGCGCGCGCGCGCAGCGUUGAACUAACGUGCACAGCCGCCUCGCGAACGCGCCGUUAGCGUCUGCUAGCAUAGACCUGUUUACUGCAGUAAAACCACUCCUGAUGGACUGACAACGCAGUGUCACUGUCUCCAGAGGCUACGCUGCUCUUUUGGUGAAGGGCUAUGGCACAUCAGCUGUUCCUGGAUGCACAAUCCCCUCGAGCCAUCACGCUCACUGAUCACGACUCCGGAGUGGAAGAUGGAGACGAUGGCUCCUGCAGCCCUACCACAACCUCCACAAUCUAUGUUGCCUUCAAAGGGAACAUAAAUGAUGAGGACUUUCAGGAGAAGCUGGAUACCAUCUUAAAGGGGAUGCCAGAUAUGCUCUUGCUAGGUACUAAGAGGCUUGAACCCGAGCGUGUGGAGCCGUGGAACAGCGUACGUGUCACUUUCAACAUCCCCCGAGAGGCAGCCGAGCGACUGCGCCUCCUGGCUCAAAACAACCAGCAGCAGCUACGGGAUCUGGGCAUCCUGUCUGUGCAGAUUGAAGGUGAAGGAGCCAUUAACGUUGCGGUUGGACAGGGCCGAAGUCAAGAAUUAAGGGUUAAUGGACCCCUUGGUGCUCCUGGUCAGAUGAGAAUGGAUGUUGGAUUCCCCAUGCAGCAGGGCCAGGCUGGAAUGCGUAUGAAUAACCCUUCGGUGUCCAUGAUGCCUCCUGGAGCUAAUAUGGCAGCACAGGGAAUGGUACCGAAUAGUGGUGGACCAAUGCAGCCAAGAGCACCAAGGCCACCUUCACAGACAGACACAAUGGAUCCCAUGCUUUCAGGGCUGGCCUUACAGCAACAGCAACAACAACUCCAACAUCCUCAAGUGGGACAUGGUCCACUCGGUAACUUAGGCCCACAGGGACAUCACAUGCAAGCCAUGCAGGCAAAUCGACAGCUAAAUCCAGCAGCCCUACAGCAACUUCAGCAACAUCAGCAGCAGCACCAACAACAGCAGGUUCAGAUGGCUCAACUAGGUGGUGCACGUGGUCCUUUCAACCCCUCCAACCAGAUGCCUGUACCCCCUGGCUGGAACCAGUUGCCCUCUGGUGUUCUCCAACCACCACCUGUCCAGGGUCCUAUGGGACCAGGUUGGAGGAAAGCCCUACCACAGCCACAAAUGGGGCAGCGUCAACCCACUUUGGCAUCUGUUCAGACGCCCAGUCAUCCACCACCACCAUAUCCAUUUGGAAGCCAGCAGGCCGGACAGGUUUUCAAUACAAUGGCACAACAUCAGUUGCAACAACAGCAGCAGCAGCAGACCGGGGCAAACCAGUUUGCAACCCCUCAGCCCAAAGUCCCUCAGGGAGCACCAGGUGUAGUUGUCUCAAGAGCGCCGCCUCCUCUGCCUCCCUCGUCUGCCCCUCAAGGAAGUCUCACAGCCAAGUCCCCUGGUUCGUCGUCAUCUCCUUUCCAACAGGGCUCACCUGGAACACCUCCAAUGAUGGGGCAGGGACAGGGGCAACUUGGUCCACGUCCCACAACCCCCCAGGGUUUCCCACAAGGUGUUGGAUCUCCAGGAAGAGCUGUGAUGGGCCAGCAAGGAAACAUUCAGCCUGGAUUUAUGGGCAUUCCACAACAUGGACCGGUUCCCCAAGGUGGAAUGGGAGGUAUGCCCAAACGAAUGCCAAUGGGGUUCCCAAAUGCUCCUGUUAAUCAGAACUUCGGACAAGGACAGGUUACUACCACUGGAGCAGGUAGUACACCUCAAAUACAAAAUAAUCAGAGCAUGGCAAACAAUGGCGUCCAGUCAUCAGCCCCAGCGCCAAAUCACAUGCAGUCAAAUCCCCUUCAAGGUGCUGCAAUGACCCACCACAGUGGCAUGCCAGCUCAACCCCCAGGCACCACCUCAGGAGGUAGUAUGGGACAACCUCAGCAAGGUCUUCAGACUCAAAUGAUGGGUGUACCACAUUCACAACAUCAAACACAGGUUGUAGCUUCCACCCAAAGUCAAAUGGCACAAAGCCAAACAGGGGGCCAGACUGUUUUGUCCAGGCCAGUGAAUACCGGGCAGCGAGGAAUGACCCCUCCCAAGCAAAUGAUGCCACCACAAGGUCAAGGGAUCAUGCAGAACCAAAACCAGCUGGGUGGAGGACAGGGACAUCAGGCUUUAUUGCUUCAGCAGCAGCAGCAGCAGCAACAACAACAACAACAACAACAACAACAACAGCAGCAACAGCAAAAUGUUAUGAUGGAACACAUUGUAGCUAGUCAGAUACAGGGUAACAAGCAGGCCUUUGGCCCAAAAGGUCAACCUGGUGUAAUGCAAGGCCAGAUGAUGAGAGGUCCUUCACCUAAUAUUCAAGGUAAUAUGCCACAGUUUCAAUCUCAGAUGGGUCAGCAACAAAUGACUCCGCAACAGCAACAACAAAUUGCUCAUUUGCAACAACAGCAGCAAUUACAGCAACAGCAACUACAGCAACAGCAGUUACAACAGCAACAACUACAGCUGCAACACCAGCAGCCACAACAAGCACAAAUGCAACAACAACAGCUACAGCAACCCCAUCAGCAAAUGGUACAACAACAGUCUCAACAAAUUCCAAUGAAUGGCAACCCCAACCAAGCAUUAGGGAUGCAUGGGCCUCAAAUGCGACUUCCAGGAAAUCAUCAUUUAGUACAACAACAGCUUCAGCAAAAACAACAGCAACAGCAGGUGAUGCUGCAGCAGCAACAGGCUGGUCAGCAGCAUCAACACCAGUUAGGAGAUAGUAGUGGAAAUGCUGAUAUCAGCCAACAGAUGGUUCCAGACCUGCAGAAUCAGCAACAACAGCAGGGUAUGUUGGGAAAUUCUCAACAUAUGCAAGUUGGCAAUGGCCAUUUUCCUGGUCAUGGCAUGUCCUUCAAUCCUCAGUUUGCUGGUCAGAUGGCAAUUGGAGGCCCAUGUGGACAAGCUGGUGGAUUUCCAGUGAACAAGGAUGUGACACUAACCAGUCCCUUGUUAGUAAAUCUUCUCCAAAGUGAUAUUUCUGCCAGCCAGUUUGGUCCUGGUGGGAAGCAAGGAACAGGUGCGGUUGCUGCUAACCAGGUCAAGCCUAAAAAGAAGAAACCUCCUCGUAAGAAGAAGCCAAAAGUAGAGGAAGGACAACAGUCUACUGACGGUUUGUGUGCUCUGGAUUCACUGCCUCAUGGAAUGGAGGAAGUAGAGAUGCAAGGAUUGGGAGGUGAUCAAGGGGGUGGCAUUGACUCUAACUCUAAACUUUCUGAAUUCUCUAAUCGACCAGGUCUGCCUGGUCAGUCUGGAGAUCAAAGGGUAUUACAGCAAAUGCCAAUGCAGUUUAUGCCCCCACAACAGCAGCAACAGAUACAGCAAAUGCAGCAGCAGCAGCAGCAGUUACAACAACAGCAGCAGCAACAAAUGCAGCAGCAACAGAUGCAACAACAGCAUCAACAGAUCCAGCAGCAGCAAAUGCAACAAAUGCAGAUGCAGAGUAUGCAGGGUCCUCAAGGUCAAGCUGGAACAUCACAAGGACCCCAUCAUGUCCAGACCCAGAUUCAUUCACAACAGUCGAUACAGAUGCAACACCAACAACAACAACAACCACCACCACAACACCUCCAACAACAACUGCAGUCACAGCCACAACAGCAACAACAACAGGCACAGCAGCAGCAGCAGCAACAACAACAACAACAUCAUCAGCAGCAGCAACAACAAAUGAUAAUGAUGCUUAAAAUGCAACAAGAAGCUAAAAAUCGAAUGCCACUACAGCAAGGUGGGCACAUGCAAAAGGGUUUAGUCAAUCCUAAUGAUCCAUCUCAGAGAAUGCCUGUAUCACAGCCGGGCAACAUGCCUGUAAUGAUCGAUCUUCAAGGGCAUGGAGGUGUUCCACCUUCUCCUGAUAAAGCCAGAGGAAUGCCACUCAUGGUAAAUCCACCUCUCACUGGACCAGCAAGAAGGACACCUCAUUCAGAGGUUGGACAACCAACACUACCAGAGGAAACCCCUGGAAACCAUAGCAUGCAGGACCGGGGACCCCUUGAAAUUGGUCAACAGUCAGGAAAUGGAAAUCAACCAAUGAUUCCCAAUCAAGGUCCUAAUACUCAUUUAAUGAAAUCUGUGCCUUUAUCAGUGCCCCACCAGCCAGGAGCAAGUCCCCAACAGCAGUCCCAGCAAGUGGCAGCAAUGGCUGGCUCACAUAAUAUUCAUUUUUCCAGUGCUCCUGCAACUUCCCAAAGUUCUCGCCCUAAAACCCCUAACCGAGCCAGUCCUCGGCCAUAUCACCACCCUUUAACUCCAACCAACCGUCCACCUAGUACUGAACCCUCUGAAAUAAAUUUGUCCCCUGAGAGACUGAAUGCCUCUAUCGCUGGUCUUUUCCCUCCAAAAAUUAACAUUCCUCUGCCACCGCGGCAGCCAAAUCUUAAUCGAGGUUUUGAUCAGCAAGGUCUUAACCCAACCACACUUAAAGCAAUUGGCCAGGCCCCACCCAACCUAUCAACUCUUCCUGUCAGCAAUAAUACCAGUGGCAACAAUAAUGGCCCACAGUCUUAUCCAUCAGGUGUUGGCAUGGUAAGCUCCGGAGGAAAACAAGACAAACAGACUGGUGUUGGGCAAGCUAAAAGAGCUAGUCCCAGUAAUAGUCGUCGAUCCAGCCCUGCCUCAAAUAGAAAAGCUGCCACUCCAAGCCCAGGAAGACAGAAGGGUGCCAAAGCAUCAUUGAUAUCACCUCCACAUCCACAGCAAAUGAUGGUUAGUCCACAGAACGUGAUGGUUAGUCCCAACUCAGUGCUCCCAACUACCUCUGCAUCUUUGCCAUCAGCAGGACCUGGAGAAUCACAGCAAAGUUUAAAUUCUCUGCAAACCCAACCUGGUAGUGCCGAUUCAAUAAGAGAUGGCCAGGUAGUGACUACGCAAGCAGAGCAGCAUCAGGCAGUUCAGUUUAGAGAGCAGUCUGCUUCUAAAAUGGCAAGCCCUCGGGUGCCUUCUCAGGAACCCAAACGGCAAGAGCUUAGCAAUUUGGUUGAACAGCGUGCUGGAGAUAAAAAGCAACCUCGGACAACACCACAACAUGACCAUGGCUCUGCUGUAUCACCAGCAUUUAGAGAUGCUCCAACAUCUCUGAAUCAGCUAUUGGACCACACGGGCACCCCAUCUUUGUCAGUGAAAUCUCAAAAUAUUCCUCAAGUGGGUGGAGAACCUGUGCAGAAAGAGAGACCUCAUGCUCCACCAGCUCAGGAGAACCAAUCCAAUCCUGUUGUCUCACAGAGCACAAAUAUUGGCAACUCUUUCUCUACAAGUGAAGCUGAUCAGAAAUCUAAACCUGCUUUAGUAUCAAGUCCAAAUCUUGUAGCCAGUAGCAGUGCAAACCUGCAGUCUGUCAGUGCUGUAUCAAGUGUUAAUUCAAACCAAACUGUGCUCUUAAGUCUCACUUCAAUAUCCAACCCUUCAGUAAGUUCAAAUCACAAUCUUAUACCCAUCUCAAAUGCAUCUCAAACUGUCUUGCAAAGGCCCAUCUCAUCAGCGCCAAUGCCACAAAAUCAGAUCACGGUCUUUGUAACCACUAAUCCCAUUAGCUCUGCUACCAACACAGCUUCUGUGGUUCCUCCUGCUGUUGUAUCCAAGGUUCUGGCAGUUCCCAAUAAAAGCAUAAGACCUCCUGAUGUUCGUCAACAAAAUCCUACCCAAACACGUCCACAGUUCAUCGCAGGAUCUGUAUAUUCAAUUUAUCAGGCUACGCCGGUAUCAUCAAAUGCUAACGUCAUGUCUCAACCUGUCACUAUGGUUGGUCCUAUAGUCUCUGCAAAUAUCCAGCUUACUCCUACCCCGGUGUCAACUACAUCAUCACCAUCUGCACCAACAUCAACAUCUAUGCCGACAAACUCACCUGCUGUCAGCAUAGCUGCUACUCAGCAGAGCCGCACUGUCAUUGGGCAGCUUCAAGUUCAAGUACCUGCAAGUCAGGCUUCCCCUGUAAACAUAGUUCCACCACCUCAACAGCCAAGCCCUGGAGUUCCCAAACAGGAGAGUGUCUCUGAAGCUAGUGGCCCAAAAUCUAGUCCUGUUGGGCAGUCGGCCUUACAUUAUGGCAUGUCCUCACCCUUUCAGCAGCUAUUGGCUUCUCCACCUGCUUGCUCUAGCCCAGGGGCUACGGCUGUUGCCCGGAGAAGUCCCCUGUCUCCAACAACAAUGUUAGCCAAAAGCAGUCCAGUCCAGACUGUUGUAAGCAAACAUACCGCACCCAGCAUCUCUUCGAGCAAUGCCGAUGAUCAAAAAGAGCGAACCCCUGUCACUCAGAUUGGAAAGACUCUGGAUGUUGCCACAACUCAAGCUUCUUGUGCGGUUACGUCUGAAACGGUAUCUGCACUCCAGCCCACUGCUCCAGUGACUGUUCCAGCUGCUCAAAUAGCGUCUCAGCAAUCUGCACUAACUCCAAAAGUGUCUUCUCCUGAACCUGUGCCCACUCCUUCUCCAGUCCCUACUUCUACACCAUCGUCUAAUAUGCCGCCCCCAGCCUCUACCCCUGGAAUGGUUCACCUAUCUAGUCCUGUUGCUACUUCUUCACCACCUUCUAGUUUGCCUGCAGUUUUAGUUUCUGCACCCACUGCUGCUCCAGGAACUCCCACUACAACCUCUGGCCCCUCCACAGCAACACCUGCACAGCUCUCUGGGGAACAGCAGCCUUCUUCACUGGUGGAGACUAGUGUACCUGACUCUGCUGAAACAAAAGCAAUUGUAGAUCCUCCUGGCAUCUCAGCUCAUCCUGAAGCUCCACAAGAAGACCAAGCUUCAUGUGACCAAGCUGGACAAGGGGUUACCACUGCAUCAGAACAAGGAUGGGCAAAGAAAAGAAAGACGCCCGUCAACUUAGCCCCAAGGGAUACAAGGGCCACCACUGAGAAAGCGAAAGGUCCUAGUCGACGAAGCUCACGAACAGACAAGGAACCUGAGGAGGAAGCAUCUGACAAUGGACAGAGAAAAAGAGCUGCUAGGCCAGGCUCAGCCUCAUCGAACACAGGAAAAGAAUCAAACACUGGAGCCAGUCCCACCCAGGCAAAACGAAGGAAGUCGAAGUAAUCAUGACACAUGAAUAAACCUGUGAAUUGUACAUUUAUUUUGUUGUUUUCUGAACUUGUUUUAUCUGCUGUUUUUUUUUUUUUUUAUCUGCAAGAUAACCAUGUACAGAACGUUCUUUUUUCUUUCUUUCUUUCUUUUAAUCAUGAUACUGUAUUUUGUUGUUGGCUACUAGAGAUCACGUUUAGAGUUGUGUAUGAUGUGUUUGUAUUUCAUUGUUUUGGUGUGACUUUUUUUUUUAUUAUUAUUAAUAUUGAUCAAUUCUGGAUUAAUCAUGUGAUGCAGACUAAGAAUAGAAUCGUGUCUGUAGUAUCACAAUAUAAUAAUGUGACAGAAUCAGACUUUGUACUUUCCACCCCAUGUCGUUGGCUAUAUCAUGAAUUAAUUGUGCAUUUUAAUACUGUCGGCACCUGUGUUCACCCAUUUAGCCCCCGGAUCACAUGCAUUAAACUAUUUUUACAAGUG